CUUUGGUACAGUGCGGAGACACUCCCGGCGGCUGACCUGAAUCAUGAAGGAGUGUUUUCCCACUUCUUCCUGCCCUAAAACUGCUCUCCAGACACAUUUUGUGACUUUUAUAUGACUUUAUAAUCUCUCUGAAGAAAACCGAAUGGAUCAACAGACAUAUUUUUAUAGGAGAAUAUAAAACUUGUUUAUAUUUCUGGAGACUUAUCACCGCCGGUAUGAACUUUGUGAUGUUCAGAUUAUUUGUACAUUUGUGUUAACGAGCUUCGCCGGUAAAACCUCAACAGUCUACUAAUGGAGACCGAAGCAGAAGUGUCACCGGAGUACCAGACUGUUUACUCUGCCGUUAAAACUCUGAGUGGAUCAAACUCACAGCUGAAGAAACUACUGCAUUUUAAAGUUUAUAAGAGGAGGUGGUUUGUUCUGCUCGUGUUGUGUUUGCUGAACUGCUCCAACGCAACGGUGAGUUUACAGGAAUAAUGUUCACGAUUACCUGACAGGUCAUUGUUUUUAUUGGCUGAUUAAAGUCGAUCUCACCUGGAAAAAAAGUUAUAAAACACUGUGUACUGUAUGGAGGCCCAAUAGUGCCAAAAGGGAGAUGGAGGAAAUAUUUACACAGGCCACUCAAAAGUGACCUAUGUUGAAGUUAGACUAUUAAACUAUAAGUAUAUGAAGUAGGAUAAAAGAAAUAGGUGGACCACUAUGAAUAUAGUGUUCAUUUAUUUAUGUAUAAAUCUAUACGUUUUGUUUACGUCUCUAUUAUUGGUUGAAAAACAGAUUUUCUUCCCUUUCACCGUGAAGAGGAGAUAAGGGUCCAUGUAUUAUCCACCCAUUCAAUUAUUCCAUUCAGUCUAGUAAACAAAAAACGCAAAAAAGAGUCAAUAUUUUGUUUAUCUGUUUUUCUGUAUAAAGGUCCUUUCAUACUGGGACCGUUUUUGUCGUGUCAAUAUUUUUUUGAACCCGUAUCCUGUCAAUACAAGUGUUCACAUCAGCAACGUUUUCCCGUCCUGCGAUAUUGCGGCAUUUAUUCUUUUGGAUCAUGGUCGAUUUUUUAAAGUUUUGCAUAUUGUGUGUCCACUUCUGACCAAUCAGAUUGCGUGUUGUUGCGACGUCUGAUUCACCGGUAUAUCCAACAUGGCCGACCGGCUGAUUAUUUAUGAUCGUUUCCACAAACAUUACAAAGAUAACGACGUGAGGGACAACUUGUGGAGAGUCACAGCGUUGGAUUUCUGAUAUGACAAUGUGCUUUAACAGUUUGCUAAACGUCUUUGUUCUAACUUUCAUCUGUGCUAACGUAAGCUAACGGUUGUUACUAUAGUUUCAUGUGCUUAACUGGAACUGGAUAUUAAACUUAACUGUUGCAUAUUGUUGGUCAGCAUUUGGUUAUCAUGGCCUCUGCAGAAUGUAUUCAAUAGAAGACAGUGACUUCUGUUUUGGCUGUUCCUUUUCAUGUAAACAUAUGUAUGCUACAUUUUCAGAUGCUGAAAAUGCAAAAUAGGAUCUUCUGCAAAAGCCACCUGUGACUUCUAAGCUGACUGUGUUUGUUUGUGCUCAGGGCCUUGUUUAAGACCACCUGUAUGUGACAUAAAUCACAGUGUUUUCAUAUGAACACAGACCUUUUAGGGGUACUUUUUAGGCAUUUUUGUCCCCUAUUGGAUGGUACAACUAAAGUGAGAGAGGAAAUGUGUUUGAUCGGUCAGAGGAAGAAGGUGUGUGUGUGUCUGAAAAGCCAAGGGACGGAAAAUGCACCACAACAGAGAGGUGGGAUAUCCAGUUAAACAGGCGAACUGUAAAACAAGCUACUGCUUUAAAUGAACGCUGUGCUGUGUUUUUUCUCAGAUGUCAGACAUCUUAAAUAGUUUAAAUAGCAGCUGUGGUGGUGAGCAGUGUGCUCUAUUGACGUGGUGACUCUUUAUGUUCACUGAAACUUGAUAUUAUUCCCCGGAGAUGUUGUCAUUGUAAAGCAGAGUGUGCCUGGAGGCAAGCGUGCUCGUCUCUGUCAUGCAAACCGAGGCCCCCCUCACCUUUCUGCAGCUGCCAGGGGACCAGUCUUCUCUGUGGGAGCCAUUGUUUACACGAGGCUGGUGUUCACACUCACAAAGGAUCCUCAGCUGGCCUGAGACUCAGUCUUGAUACAGCUGAUGAGCCUGUUAGACAUCAAUCUGUCGGAUAUGAGCAGGGAUUAACAAAAGAAAUCCUGCAGUGGGCUUUUGAGUUUGUCUCAUGAAUUGAUUUUAGAUGAAUUUGAAAAAACAGAUUAGCACCAUUUGAUUGUUUUCAACCUGAAUAAGUUUCAUUUUCACAGGGAAAGACACCUAUAACUGGAUUUAUAAUAUUAAAAGAACAGCUAAAACAAACAUUGAUAUUUGUAUAAUAUACUCUGUCUUUAAAUCAAGUUUUCUAUAAAGAUCAGGCACACAUUGACUGCUGGGUCACGGUCUUAGCUGGGUUUACCCGAGAAAAUUCUCUGGGCCUCAUGGAAAAUAUUUAGUCAACCACACAAUGAAUGUAAAGAACUAAAAUCCCAGAUCACGCUCAGCCCAGAUUGUAGAUUUCUUAUCAGAUCAUUUUUAUACUGUUUUUAUGCUGUUGGUUUUGCACAGUUAAUGAGAAUUAUGACAAAAUCCAACAUUAAGAGUUUUAUAAAGAAGAUCAUUUCUUUUCUCAGGUUAACUCCAGUGGUAAACUUUCAUAUAUUCGACAUUCACUACACAUUAACUGAAAUAUUUCAAGCUUGUUUUUUAAUUUGAAUGACUUUGACUUGGAGCAGAAAUAUUGAGUAUUUUCUGAAAUUAAAAGUUACAAUAUAGAAAUUUCAAACUUUAAUGAAUUUAUUCAUUUCUAUAUCAAAUGCCCAAAAUGUUUGAGCCUCUUUUCCACAAAUUACUGCAUCAGAGAGGUUUUCCAUCCUCAUCAUGGUCCAUCUCUUUGUGUUUCAUGAGAUUUCUGUGCUGAUUAAUCAAACACAGCGGUGUCAGUGACCAUUUGGCGGUAGAUUUGGCGCUGUGGGCAGGUGCUAAGCUAUUCGUAGAAGGUGUACUGUGGGCUGAGCUUGGCCUGCCUGAACUAACUCUGACUCAGUGUUAAAUCACUGCAUUGAUUACUGGAUUAUUACAGAUCAGGCCUUUUCUCAACUGAUUUGAAAGAACUGCUUAAUUUGCUGUGUUUCUGUUAAAGCUCCAGUUAGGAACUUUGGGUCUGUGUUGAAAUGGGCACCCCCUGUGGACAAAGCGAUGUUCACUUUUCAUCCUCUACCUGCUCGAUUAGUGUUUUCUGAGAAAAUACUUACUUUGCUAACUUUUGACAAUCAAAUGGAUCAUUUAUUGUUAAUAUUUAACAUUUAGAAAAUUAAAAAACUGUGUCCUCUGCUGUUUGGCGGACACCUACCCCCCCAAAAAUGUAUUUCAGACAUCAAAAUUCUUCUGUAAAAGUGGUCAAUCUCAUGGCUCAUGGUGUUUUUGCCUCUGUAAUAAAAAGCAUCAGUAUUCGUUCCAGUCUGUUUCAUACAUGUCAAAAAACUGCUAAUAGGAGCUUUAAGUAUAGUAGUUAAUACAAUAUAAAGUCCCAGCAGAAGAAACUGCAAACAUGCUGGUAUGUUGAUGAAACAUCAUUAUUAGAUUUUGACCAUUAAUUAGAUUUUCCUAAGAGUGAAUCCACUUCUGUGCAGGACAGAUCAUGUGUCCAGAAUAAUUCAGUUUGACUUAAAUAAACCUAGACUGAUGCUGUUUUUGUAGUUUCAGAGUUUUGUUUAAGGGUCAAGUCAAUUCUCUGCUUGCUUUCUUUUACAUCCCAUUCUCAGGACUCGUUAAGCAGCGGUCACAUUACAGAGUUCAUGACUGUGUUAUGAUCAGACUUACUGUUUCAGUGUUAAAGCACGAAUGUUUAAUACAGUCUAAAGAAAAUCUGAUUUUGUUGGUUAUUCAGAAAAUUCUUCAGCCUUCACUGCAGUGACCUGUUGCACCAUGAGGCAAUGAAUUAAAACCCUUUGAAAGGCUUUGAAGUGAAAGCUCUCUGUAAAUGCUGCUUUAGUGACAUUUGUGCAUUUGACAAAACCACCUCAAUCAUAAAUAUCCAAACAUCAUAAACACGUCUUAUUUUCAGAAUAUUUCAUUUUUCAAAUAUCCAGAGCGAUCACACUAACUAAUAUUUCUCUGUAUGUUCAUCCUCCCCAGUUAUGGCUGACCUUCGCUCCAGUAGCGGACCAGUCGGCCCAGUAUCUGCAGGUCUCUCUGGAGGACAUCAACUGGUUGUCGCUGGUUUGCAUGGUGGUUGCUGUCCCGCUCAGUCUGGGGACCACAUGGAUGCUGGACACCCUCGGUUUACGAAUCACGGUACAAAAGUCACACUAGAGGCUCCUUUUGAGUCAUCGUUCGGGCUAAAGUUUCUGUACUUUUCUCUCUGAGUAUGUUAACCUCAGAAAUGCCAUUUACUGGUUUCUGAGGCGGCGUUUUGAAGCCCAGAGACCACAGUCGCCACAACAGAGGAGUGAGACAGCACGCUCUGUUUCAGGAGUCUGCCUACACAGCUGCACAACAACACACUUUACCCAGCUAACACUGAGCUUGAGUUUGUAAUGCACUUUUUUGAAAAAAAGUCAAGGUGAAAGUCAAGAGCAUUGGUGCUACUGUAGAUGCCAACAGACUACCAGCAAACACAAUGUUUGCAGGACUUCUACAACUAGGAUAAAGUGACAUAGUCCAGGACCCGAGGGAGGACAGUUUAGCGAUGGCGCUACAACACGCUACAGCAGGUCCGUUUGACAAGGAACACUUCUGUUACAGACACUUGUCUUACUUUGUUAAAGCGGUUUACCUGUCCAGCAGAAAGGUUACAGGGUCAUGAAGAUCCCGAAGCAUCUCCAAUCGUUGACCCGGCUUUUUUAGCUCUUGUCCGGUCUACCUCCUUUUUAAGCGCCCGUUAUUCCUCCAGAGUCUCCGGUAUUUACUUUGUUUUCCUGCUUGUGUUGUCAGUCGUGACCAAAGGAGGAUUCAGACAAUUUUCCGUACUUUGUGGUUGGUUUCUACUGUCCGAUAUUGUAGCACGCUAACUUUGUUUGGGCUCGUGGACGUUAUUCGAGGAUGUGGAGCGUGCCUGACAACACGAUCAUCUGCCUCACAACCAAUCAGGUUGGGGGGGUUGGAGAAUGGCUUUGUUUACAGUCAGGAAGAGCGGGCUGCUCAAAGAUUUUCAAAUGUUGACUACACAGACAUAACAAAACACAGCAAUAUCAUUAUUUCACCAAUAGCUAUUAAUAGCUAUUGACUGAUAUUAAAAGCUUUUUUGUAUAUACACCAUGAAAAAAAGAUGCUUCUUAAACAGUAUCCUGCCUACUCCACCUUUAAGAGAGGGGAGCUGGAAACAGGAAUUAAAAAAACUGAAUUCUGUUUGCUCAUAAUUAUUUUUACCUGUCUAAGCCCAUUAUAUACUUCUCCAGGUUUGUGUUUCACACUGAUUUGCUAAAAGGUCUUUAACAAAACAGUUGAAAAUUAAAUAGUGUCUUCAGUUUUGGUGCUGAAAAUGAAGAACUAGGUUUUAGAAACAGCUCAGAAUCUGUAUAUGCAGUUGUGUACCCUGUUGUGCGUGAGUGAAACAGACCUACCAUGCUCCCCUCUGAUCUCUGCAGCUGAUUCUGGGGUCCUGGCUGAACAUGUUUGGAGCUCUGCUGCGGUUCUGUGGGACUCCGCAGACUGAGCCAGCCAUAAUGCGGUACCCCAUCGUGAUGUUUGGACAGACCCUGGCGGCCUUGGCUCAGCCCCUCAUCAUCUUCGCUCCCACAAAGAUGGCAGCUCUGUGGUUCCCGGACCAUCAGCGCGCCACAGCCAACACCAUCGCCUCCAUGUGUGAGUGACCUGUGAGCUGAGCGUGAAUCCAUCAGUUUAAUCCCUAAAUUUAUUUCUUUGUAAUCUUGUUGUAGAGAAAUCCUGCGACUUCACCAGCCUCCACUGUGUUAACUUUCUCUUUGGUAUUUAUCAGGCACGAUUAAAAAAGAGAGACACAGCUGCCAAAACAAGUGUUCAGGAGAGGCAUCUGUUGGCACUGUGCUUUUUACCAUCCAAAAAUCCAUUGUUGUAGCUUUAAUGGGUAUUAUGUUUUACCAGAAGACACUCUUUAACAAGAUGUGGGAUUAUAUGCAGAGAUUAUGUAAUUAAGAGGAUUUCCAAAAAGGUGUGUCUUAGAAAAUUAAAAAAAGAGGUCAAGAACAACUGCUGGUAUUAUCAGCUUUACUUCAAUAAUGAAUAAAAAACUAUUUUUUGUCUUUUCUCUGAGGGAAUUCACGUAUUUUGGGGGGUGGCUGUGGCUCAGCUGAGAGCAGGUCGUCUCUAAAUUCUCCUCUGUACUAUCCUGCACCAUCAGUGUAGAAUAAAAGAGCUUUGAGCGAUCAGGAAGACUGGACGGGUUUGUUUAGUCUGAGUCUGUUUACGUUGAAAAUAAGCCCAAGAAACAACAGAAACACACUGACAUUCAUUCAUUCAUUAAAGUACAUUAAAAAAAACAUGAAAUAUAAGCAUUAUAGGUGCGGUCCCACAUGUAGAGCUGGAGACACGGUAUCCAUGGUUUCCAGAUGAAUGUCCAGUCUGAGUCAUUAGACCACAGGACAGUUUUUCACCUCAACUCAAACCCAGAGAAGUCGUUGGAAAGUCACGUCUUUGUUUCCCUCUCUGCAUUUGCGGACACAGCAACAAACUGUUAUAGGAGUGAUUGUGAGCAAGUGUUGUGUGUUUGUGAACGAUUCAUUCAAAAGAACCGAAUCCUUUAAGUGAACGUACUGAACCGAAUCACUUCCUCAAGUGAUUUGUUCGUUUUUCACUUCAGUUGAGCUGUCAGAAGCGCACCUCCAAUUCUGUGCUCACGAUAUAAUCAGACAGUUAAAUAUGUAACUGUAGCCCUUUGGGAAAUUAGAGGAAGCGAUGGUCGAUGCAGCUCCUCCGAUCAUGCGUUCAAUCGGUUUUCAUGCUGUGUAAUAAAUAGAAGAAGGAAGUGGGUCACUAUUACCACGUGCGUCCGAUGGCGUGGAAAUGCGUGUUUUAGCUCAUCAGCAAAUUCUCAUGCACGCUCAGCAACAUCUUUAGAUCUAUAGAUUUGAAAAUGUUUUAAAGUUGGUUUAAUUGAUACAGUAUUAAUAUGAAUUUCAUGUUGUUACCAAUACGGAAUAGUAAGAAACAGGAUAACUGAAACAGGGAACUGAAAGUGUUGAAUCUAAAGAGGACAUGAAACAGAAUAACCCUGAACUCCACUUCUCCUUUCUCUCCACAGCCAAUCCCCUGGGUAUCCUCCUCGCUAACAUCAUCUCCCCCAUGAUCGCACAAACAUCUCGACAAAUCCCGUCCCUGGUGAGUGAACCUCAGAAUAAAACACAAAUUCGGGGACAGAAAGUCUGCUCUGAGUGGUCGGAAUAUUUCUAAACAUGAAAAAGCAAAGUAAUAUGUUUUUUAAAAAAUAGGCAAGUAAAUAAUUCUACUUCAUUUUACUCUUUGAUAAACACUUGAUAAUUGCUGUUGAGUUUUCAGCUCAGUUUGCCUUAAAUACACCCAGCAAACAACCAAGGAAGAGGCCGUUUGUGUAGCGAAGAGACAGGUUAAUACUAUCUCAAGGUGAAGGCAGAAACCAUUUUUCAUGCUGUGAAUGUAAUAACUGCGUAUAAUGAAAAGAAGAUUGCCAACAAAGUGCUUCCAUCCUUCUGUAAUUCAGCCUUUUGGUUCGACACGUUCAUUAAAGCUUCUUUCACACAUGCACUUAGACGUUCUAAAGAGCGUCUGCCCACAAACUUUUGCAGAGUUUCUUGUUCAGGUCUCAUUAUGCACGGGAACUCCAGGGGUGCUGAGGUGUAAUAUUUGCAAGAUAUCCGAGACGGCAGGUGAAUAAAAGAGACAAAUCUAUCUGUUAGAGGUUUAUCCUGGAGUGUUAAAAGAGCUAACUGCAGCAGCUGAACUGUGCCCCUCUCUGGCUCUGGUCCCCUCACCUACUAAUGAUGAUAAGUUGCGUCUGAUUUAAGGUGCUGACAUUCAUUUAUCGACACCUUUAUGUGUGUGUUCUCUCCCCCUCUUGUAGCUGCUGUGCUAUGCGAUCCCGGCGUGCAUCAUCUGUUUCCUAGCAACAGUGGGGAUACGGAGCAGCACCCCACCAACGCCGCCGUCAGCCAGCGCAGAGGCGUCCAGCACCGAGCCGUUUGUAAAAGGGCUCAAACUGGUAAGGACACGGGAGGGCGGGCAGGCAAACUAAAACUAAACACCCCGUUAAAACUCUGAAUAGUGCAAAUAACAGAUAAUGACUCCCAAUCAGACGUGUGGGAUUAGGAUUAGAAUCAGCACACAGGGAAGUCCUGUUUUAGGGUUUGAGAUGUUCUGAUUUCUCUGUGAACUGUGGAGCAUUUAGUAUUUUUAUGUCGCCUACAUCUGCUUCAUUACAAAAAAAGAGGUUUAGAAAUCUCAUUUUGCACAAUCUGAAACCUUAAACUUGAAUAUAAGAAGUCAUUUGCUAUAUGACUCAAUCUGAUUUUUACUUUACAACAACAACGUGACAUUAAUCAAAUUUCGGAAAAGCAUGAAUCAGAAUUACUUCAUUAACUUUACUAAAAACAGAAUGAACUUACACGUCAUCAUUUAUUUUGGAUGAUGUUCAAAUUGAGGAUUUAUUUACAUCACCAUCUCUGGGAUUAAAACUCUUUUGGACACGUUGUUGCCUCAUAAAACAAGUGUUUGUCAUGCUUUUAUUAUGAAAUGUUCCUGUCUUGAUUUUGGUCUUGUGCUUUUAUUUUUAAAUAAGCUACCACACAGGCAAAAGUAGUAUUAACAUGCACAAAAGCUGUGUAUUUACCUCCAAUGAAGUUACUAAUUUCUCUAUUUGUUAAUUUGAUAAUUAAUGAAGUGUUUGAGACGUAGGAGAGACUAGGUAGGAGGGGACAAGGAGACAUGGAAGUCAAUGAGGGGGUGUAUUAGGAUGGCUCUUGAUUCUUCCUCGAAUUUUAUUACAUUUAUUUGUUGUUUUUGUUUUAUAACGCCAUAAAAUUUAUAAUUUUAUAUAAUACUUGUUUGCCAAAUGUGAAUAGUUCUAGAGAGCUAGUGCUAGAAACCCAUCAACCCAUAUAUGUAAAAUGGCAGAUGCAAAAUGCACGGAUAAAACACCUGCGUAAGUCCCCGGUCAGAGACAUAAUCACCUCCUCCGUGCAUAUUACUCUCCCAGGUGUUCUCCGUCUACCUGCAGCGUUGAUGUCUCCGCCUGCAGGGGUUGACAUUUUUAUCCUCGGUUAUGUCGGCGCCAACUGGGCUGAAGAUGAGUUUUAUUCCAGGUGAUGACAUUUCUACCUGCAGUGGCGGUUUUUUCGCUGGCGGCUGUGACAUUUCCACCUGAAUGUGGCGCUCAUACCUCAGGUGUAGCUGCAGCAGGAGUGUCUCUGUGCACCGUCUUUGUCCUGCACCAGGCUUUUAGUGAUAAAUCACAUAACUCCAUUGACCCACAGUGUCUCUCUCUCUCUCCUUCAGUUAAUGAAGAACAGAGCCUACCUGAUCCUGCUGCUGUGCUUCGGGGCGGGCAUGGCUGUUUUCAGCAGCUUCUCCACUCUGCUGGAGCAGAUCAUGUGUGUGCAAGGUUACACGAAUGUAAGUUUACCAGAGGAUGAGACAUUAAGUUGAUUUCCCUGGGGUGAAAUUAGGUGUCAUAGAUUGACACUAAAGAGACUCUGGUUAGUCUCCGAGUAUUUAUGUAAAGUCCGAAGGUUAUCCCAACUAACCAAAGGAGCAAAAUGAAGCUCCUUUGAUUCAACUUUUCAACAGAAUAAUCCUAAAAUCUCUUCUCUGCAGGACUUUGCUGGUAUUUGUGGCGCCCUUUUCAUCGUGUUUGGCAUCCUGGGUGCUGGAGUUCUGGGUCUGUACGUGGACAAGACGAAGCACUUUAUCGAAGUCACAAAGAUCAACUUGAGUCUGACAGCUCUGGCGUGCAUCGCCUUCUCUGUGGUGAGCGCAGAAAUCAGGCGUGGUGUCAUACCUGGUUUUAAAGGCGUGACUCUGACUCUGAGUGUUUCAGCUUUUGUGGAAGUGACGGAGUGGGAGGAAUUAAUCAGAUUCUCAUCUCUCCUCCUCCUCCUCUUCUCAGGUGUCUCUGUUACGGGAGCAGAAAGCCGCCAUCGCCACCGUCUGCUCCCUUUUCGGCUUUUUCGGUUACGCCAUUUACCCAGUGGCCAUGGAGCUGUCUGUGGAGUGUUCGUAUCCUGUGGGAGAGGCCACGUCAGCUGGACUCCUCUUCAUAUCGGGGUACCACAGUCUUGGCUUCACUCUCAGUACACAGAUGAUUAUCAGUCAAACGAUGUUUAUGUCAAAAAUAAACUUUUACUGCAGCUCUUAGUUUAAUUUUGCCUUUUAUGAGGAGCAGCUGUAACUUCAUAAAAUUUAAAGAGAGAUUUAGGAAAUAGAUUUGGAAGAGCUAAAAUUACAAACCCAACGUUCUGAUAAAAACUGGUCCUGAUUGUGCUGCUUAUGGUAGUUUUAAAACGUUAUCACCACUUCUUUUUUAUCUUUUUGAUCGUAUUUGAUUUCCAAACUCUCAUCUAUCUCUUAUCUUCUUUUGUCCUCUCCAGGCAGGUUCAGUCUGUUCUCUACAUAAUCCUGCUUCAGAGUUUGACCACACGGCUCGCAGACCCUCCCUGGUCCACAUGCGGGAACGCCGUCCUGAGCUGGAGAGGUAGGUCACGUGACGUUACACGGUUUCUGAUUUGAUUCAUCAGCCUGUGAAUCUUCAUAAACUCGUCUCUAAACGCCGGUAUCCCUCCUCCUCUUCCUCCUACUCAGUGCCUCUGAUGGUGCUGGCCGGUCUGUUCAGCCUCUUCACCUGCAUCUUUGUGCUCUUCUUCCACACGCGGUACAAACGACUGGAGGCCGAGGAAGAGGCAACGUACGGGACCAAACCGGGCAGCGGCUCCACGACCACUGAGCACUCUCUGAGUAUUAACACCUGAAACUCCUGAGCGGACAGGCAGAGGGCAUUAGGGGUGUUUUUCUGAGGGUCUUCCUACCAAAACGUUCCUGUUAUUGUCGUUUAUUUUGUGUCGCAUCAGGGCCAAACUUUUUUUGUACUUUGAUUUAAAACAGCGGAUGGUACAUUGAAUCUGUUGCUGCUGACAGUUGGCAUUUUAUAUAACUUAAAAAUAAGAAUAAUGCACUUGUAAAUGUAUAAUUUGACAGAUAUAAAAAUCCACUUUUGUAGGUGUUCUCAAAAUUACACUUGGGAAGUUAACAGUUACCAUUCCAGUCCUGAAAAUACAGUUUUAUUGUUCUUCAUUUUUACUCUCAUGAUGUUCAUUUCCAACCAAACUACAUGUGACAUGAUGUAGUUUGGUUUUUAUUGACAUGAUAGGGGAGAAAACAGUUAUAAACAGAUUCCUAUGUCUGUUGUGACCUCUAAACGGUUGAUUGGUCCGAAUCACAGCCGGUCUGUUUGCUACAGAAACUUGUUUUUGACUUUCAGGUGGUUUACAGUUUCGUUUUUUGAUCACUGACACUUUUUUUGCCAUCAGACUGCACUGAAGAUGUUUGAAAUAACGGAACGCACGAUGAAAAGCCCAGAGCAGAAAGUAAUUUUUCAUAUUUAAACUGACUGUCUAAACUAGAAUACUAAACUGCAGUACCACAUCCUUCAGUCAUUAACUGUUUUUCUAGGGGUGAAAAUCCUUAAUGGACUUUAAUUAGCUGUUAUAGGUGAUCUGAGGAGGGGCUGCAGACUUUUCUGAACAGUCCUCACAGACAUCGAAGUGUUACAGUUUGGAGUUUUUGUGCAAUAAUAAACCCACUGACACAAACACUGGUGUGCCUGAUGCAAAGAUUAUCUACUUCGGCAGAGUUUUUGACAAACUCUUACUCAGUGUUAUUCAGGUGUAUUGAAAGCUUCUUUACUCGUUCAAACCACUUCAUUUGUUAAUUUUCUUUGAUUUUGUAUCAUGUUUUUUCACAUGACCUUUUAGUUUCACUGCUACUUGUUUUGACCUUUUAAAACCUGUUUAGUAAAGGGUUAGAGGAAAAUACUGAACUGAGGUUGAAUUGAGUGAAGGCUCUGAAUCUAGAAAUGGAUCCUUGAAAGUAUUUCACAUUAUUUUCUGUCCAAAUGCCUGAAAAUGUCAAUAAAAUGGUACACCACU